AUGAUAAAAGAUUUAGGGGAGUUAAAGUACUUCUUAGGCAUAGAAAUAUUAAGAACUGAUACAAAUAUUUGCUUAUCUCAAAGAAAGUAUGUUUUGGAAUUACUUUCUGAAUAUGGAUUACUUGCUUGCAAACCAUUUAAAACUCCCUAUGAAUCGAAGCUUGUGAUUUCUAAUAAACCAAUAGAUAAAAAUGACAAGAAAAUAGAGAAUGUAACUCAAUAUCAAAAACUUCUUGGUAAACUGAUAUACUUGACUCACACAAGGCCUGAUAUUUCAUACUCUGUACACUGUUUGAGUCAAUAUAUGCAUUCUCCUUUUGAGUCUCAUUUGAAGAUUGCUUUUAGAGUGCUUAGAUACUUGAAAGAUAGUCCUGGUAAAGGUAUAUUGAUUUCUAAAUCUUCUAAUAUGGACUUAAAAGGCUAUUCUGAUUCUGAUUGGGCUAAAUGCAAAGCCACUAGAAGAAGUGUUACUGGUUUUGCAGUUUAUAUGGGUGAUUCUCUUGUUUCUUGGAAAAGUAAGAAACAAAGUGUUGUUUCUAGAUCCUCAGCUGAAGCUGAGUAUAGAGCCCUAGCUUCUCUUACUUGUGAAGUUAUGUGGUUUCAAAACCUUUUAAGAGAUUUGGAGGUAAAGGUUAAGGUAGCAGUUUCUUUGUUUUGUGAUAAUAAAGUUGCUUUGCAAAUUGCUUCUAAUCUUGUCUUUCAUGAGAGGACUAAACAUUUUGAAAUAGACUUGCAUUUUGUUAGAGAUAAAAUAAUUGAUGGUACCAUUAAACCUUUAAAGAUUGAGUCUGCUAGUCAGGUGACAGAUAUAUUAACAAAAGGUCUAUCUAUAGACCAACAUUUCAAGCUUGUUAAAAGUUUGAGAAUGUUUGAUUUGUUUAAAACUUAA